GCCUUCACUCAGUGUGGACUAUUUGCCGCUGUCUCUGCUCUCCGCACCUUGCAUAUCACGCCCUCCCAGCACGCCCAUAGCGGCGACGGGCACCCAUGUCCCUCGGUUUGUGACACAGGACGUGUGGGCGUCCCCACCCCUUCCCCAGCAGCGCCUACACCCGCCUCCAUACCUUCAGGAGGACCAACUUGUUGAAGUUCAUACCUCGUGUCGCAACAACCUCCACCACCCGAAGACAUGUGCGACCACUCAGUGUUACUCCUUCCCUCUGCCCUCCUGUCGCAUCCUAGUAAUUUCUAGGAGUCUUUUGCGUCUUGAUCUAGCUUUCCGAGUCAAACAUCGAGGGUCAUGUAGCGUGGCAGAUCCCUUAUGAUCGAAGUGUUGCUUUCCGGUGGUGUUGGAAAGUGUGCUUGUGGGGUGUUUACUCAGUUACCGUAGACCUCAGGCUGCUGAAAGUGCUGUUUAGUACCCCAACUGUCUUGUGUUUCACCCCUGCUUUACCCUACCCGCUAAACCCGCAUCCGAUUAGCUGUGUUUUUACGAAAGUUGGUGUGACACAAGCUUAAAAACAAAACCCGGCCAUGAGAGAGGUCUCUUGCGCUAUACCCACGCCUCGAGGGAGGUGUGACCACCAUCACGCCCACACCAUGGGCACCACUCACACCUGCUGCUCCGAUGCCUUGAUGCCGUCCAGAGUAACUAUCCUCACAACCUGUAUCGUGGUGUUGCUGGCGUGCACCACGGUCCAGGGCGCAAACGAGACAGUGGUGUAUAUACCCAGAGGCAAGCCAGACUCGUCGGGGGAGGUGCGACUAGCUCUUGAGCCUACAGGUAACGUGAUGUGUUACGAGUGUUCGUCGUGGACACACCCGCUGUGUGCCGACCCCUUCAACUUCACACUCUCCCUGGAGAAGGGUCCUCCUGUAGCCUCCUGUGACGGUUGCUGCGUCAAGCUUGUACAGAACAUUGGAACGCCCUAUGCGUCAAUCCGACGGACGUGCACGGAGAAGUUGCAGAUCAACCUGUUCACGGUGGACCACGUGUGCAUGAUGGAAAGUAGCGGCCAUGGCCACAUGUGCUUCUGUGAGGAGGACUUGUGCAAUGCAGCCCCAUCCUCCCUGCGGCUCUCCUCCACAACCCUCUUCCUGCCCCUCGUCUCCCUAGUUCACGCUCUCUUCUACAUCUCUAGAUAAACUUUCUGCUCCCUCCUCCUCCUCUCUCUCUCUCUCUCAGCUAUUUAUUUUGGGUUUACUCCUGCUUCCGUAAGGUUCUUCAUACUCCACCUCUCAUUCCCUUCUUGUUUAUCUUUUAUCACGUUUCUUUAUUCUGAGCGCUUAGUCUAUGCUUUAUUUACUCUUCUGUUUUAUAGUGUCUGAUCUGGAUCUAAUUUGAAUCUAUCACUUAUUUUAAGUAGUUAAUCCUAUUUUUAAUCUUACUCUUGUUAAAGCUCUCGGAGAACUCUUGUUGCACGCUAUCACAAUUUACCUUCAGUAACCCGUGAAGUCCUGAUACAUCCGCUGUUACUUCCAUAAUCUUGCUUCCUCUCCUUGGCUUCCAUCACCGCUAGCCUCUCUGACGUCAAUCCUAGCCUCCCUGACGCCAGUCUUAACCUUACUGGAGUCAAUUCUUGCCUCUUCGAGGUUGUUCCUAGCCUUCCUGGUAUCGCUCAAAGCCUCCCUGAGGUUGCUCCUGUUGCUACCUCCCACUCGCUUGUGUCAUCUAUUCCAGGGCUGUUGUCGCCCUUUAGCAAUGGUGCCCCUGCUUGUGCUGGCCUUACAUAGCUUCAUGAUGUUCUCUUCUUGUUUGUUUGUGUCUCCCCCACUUUUCCUCUUCUCUCCUUUUCGCCCUAACCCUACUGGCUUCUCUACCUUACGUCCUCCUCCUGUGUCCCUUGCGCUGCGUCGCGUAGCUAAACGUUGUGUUGAUGUAUUCUUGGUAGUAUUAACCUCAUUAACGUACGACGUUCUGGGCACUCUGCCCCUCCCCUGCUCCCUUAACCACUCUCUGAGACUUGCACUCUCGCUCACUGCCUGCACUCGAAAGUUAGUUCACGUGUACCACUGUAAAAUUUCUUUGUUUCUACCGCACAUAUCAUUAUUUUCCAAAUUAAUGUCUCUCGCGCAUCUUCUUGUUCAUUUUUACUCUUUCUGUUUUAACUUAAUCUCUUGUCUAUUUUUGAGAGCCGGUGUUGUACUCUGUGAGCUUGGAUGUCGACCCUACCAUAGACUGAGCUAAACUCCUUCCUGCCAUGGAAGUAUCCUCAGAUUCUUAAACACUGCCAAAGCGACAAGUUUGCGGGGCACAGUUCGACCUUCUGUUGUCUUGCCACCUCAUUCUCUUGGUAGAAACUUCCUUGAGGCGCCUUAGUCUGUCUUAACUACACUCGUUCCGAAGACCAGUUUUUUCUGUUGAGACAGAAAAUUUGUAUUCUGGAAAGAAUGUUGGAGACGGCAGUGUUAAAGGAUCUCUGAAGUGGCAUUCACCAGUGAAUGUUUCUGGGGAAUCAGUGCCCCCGUGACCCGGUCGCAGACAAGGCUGGCAAUAUUGCUACAGAAGGCGAGGCUUCCAUGACAGGCAGGAUUUUUCGUCAUGUUGUAGAGGUAAACAUAUGUUAACUUUAAGUCUUAGAGUCAGUGUGUCAACUUGGGCAGCCUUGGAGAGCCUUAAGACUUUAAGCAGUAUUUAUCACGGUGUCUUCAACACAGGUUGCACGAGCUCCACUCCUCACUUUUCUGCACCCACAGAUUUUUGCUAAGGUGCGUCAUUCAACUUACCCCAGGUUCUGAUAACAAUUGUGAUAAAAUAUGUUGACGACUAGUGCAUAAUUCUUACGUUGUUAUAUUACAUUAGACACUAGUAACGCGGGCAGCGGCCAGUAGCUGUUUAUUUUUGUACGAGCCACUCCCGCUUGUGAGUGUUCCAUGUUCUCUCUCCCCUGUCGUUCACCAAUAGCAUUAUACUGUAAGUUGUUACUAAGUAUAAGAGUUAAUCACCUUUGUUAUGGAUUAGAUACAGUUUCUGCUCUUUUUCAUAUUAGCCAUCAAAGUCAUGUUCUCGAUGACAGUCACAAUACCGUGGCUGGAAAAAUUUCACAAAUUCAGAAAUUGGAAAUGGAAAUAAGACUGAAAAAAUCAUCCAGUUUUUAUUUUCAAUUUGUAUUUGUUGUGAAUUUACAUUCUCACUUGAAUGACAGUCAUAAAUACACUACUGAUGGUGUUAAGACUAUACCGCCCGUAUUUUCUAUGUUCACAAGUCACUCGAUAAGUAUGAUAGUACUCUAAGUAAUCAUUAGUACACAACCUAGCAGCCCAUAAAGAGUAAGGAGCCCAGUUCGUUCUUACCAACCAAAAAUUCGCUGACCAUCCAAUCACAUGUCCGGCUCUACUGUUCAUCAGUGACAUCUCAUCCAAUCACUUGUCUUAUUUCCCACAAAUCAAUAAAUUUCUCGUCCAUUAACAUGCCCCCGUUAACCAUGGCGCCUGUGGUUUGUCACCGGAAAGAGGACACUUACAAAUUAACCAAACUCCAGGCCUGUUGGGGAGAACAAUAUGGGGCUGCAUACGACUUCUCUAAGCAGUUACUUUCGAGACGCACAGGGUAAUCCUUUGCUUGUCACCCACAUGUCGCUUAUUGAACAACCGGCGUGAUGAGUAAAGGAAUACGACGUGUGGUCAGCGGUAGAUACCUUUCUCUAUUCACGCGGCGUCCACACACAAGAGGAUAGUAUUUGCAGCAGCUUCGGUACAGCUGGGAGCGAGACGGGGGCACGAGGCGGCUCCCGUACGCAGAGAUCACCUGGCGCUAAGUAAUCCUUACAUUACACGAGGAGUGAAUGACCUAGCGCCACGUGACCUCCUCCUAUACAGAUCCGCAAGUGAUCCAGUGACAAAAAUAUGGAUCACUAACUUAGGGAUAAUUCUUCACAACAAUCCAGAAGUAAUUUUCCCUACAAAGAUUAGAGGUGUGACAGCGCCUGACACACCAACUCUAAAAAUGAAAGUAAUUUCAUCCAGUCACGCAGUAUUAUGGGCACGCUGAAGAUGAUCCUCAAGACGUCAGUAUCAAGUGAUCUACCUAAGAAGAAUAUAUGACUUGAGCAUCAUAAGUUCAGCAGUUUCAA